AGCUCAUCCACGACCAUGUCCCUCGCUCCGUCGCCUUCCGUCAGCAGGGGAACCAUAAUCCUACAGCCGUCGUUUUUUACAUCGUCUCUAUACGUUAACCCUCUGCGGGAAGAUAUCCUGCAUCUCAUCCGGCUGUUCAUAGAACAGUACCUUCAGACGCGGCCGACGCAACCCUUUGCGCUUUUUAAGGAGAUAUGGAACUCUCAGGGAUGGACGUGGCUUCACUUCAAAGUGUUCGAUGUUCGAACGCGUGAUACGUUUCUCCAAGUUACUGCGAGGCUUUUCCUUGAGCAUAUGUCCGAGGCACAGCCUGUACUUAACAGAGUCACGGCGCUGUUUUGCCUCUACACAUUUUAUUUCACGCAGCCGACCACAUCUACUCCGUCUCUACACCCCAUCGAGCAUAUCCCCAUUGCGAGUGAUGUCUAUGAGACUCUUACAGCGUUACCCGCUUCGCUAUCUGAACCACAUCUUGCCACCCUUGGGCCUCACGUUACGUAUGUACUCUCGACGCUGCUCGACGCCAAGGUCUUCCACAUACUCCCCUCGUCCAAUCUUAACCCUCACAAUCCUUGCACCUUGCCCCGCGAGAUCUUCAUUCACGACGACAUACCUGCCGCAAGUUACGAGCACGUCUCUCGGGCAGCGAGCGCUGAGACAGGAGGAAGAUCGGGCCCGUCUACUCCGGUACCAGAAGCGCCCCUUCCGAAGAAGAAAGGCCGACCAUCGAAGAGGGAGCGUAUGCGGAAAUCCAAGGACGCCCUACUUGCUCUGGACAGAUGGCUGGACAAGAGUGCUUGGCCGCCUCCUGGACAGCAGAGCCAGGAUCCUGAGGCCACACAGCAACCCACAACGCAUGUGUUGAUCACGGGCCAACCUACUGCUUCGUUGAACAACUAUCGGUCCUACAAGUACUACCUAAUGGAUACGCUGGUCCCUCGGGUAGAUAAUCCUCAUGGUAUGCCGAAUUACGAUUCAACACGAGGUCAAAUGGCAAUCCAGCGAGCAAACACUGCUAUUCUUGCGCGACUGAAGAAGAUCGAUCAAAUGGCCGCCGAGGAGGGGCUGGAAGUCGGCGGUGAAGGCGGUGAUCGGACAGGUCUGACAAGGGUCGAAAAAGCCGUUCAAGAGCUCGGCCGGCCAGGCGCUGUAGGUUCGGUAGGUGGUAUACUUGCGCUGCUGGAGGGCGCUGGGCUGGAUGAGAAGGACACUGCGGAGGGCUCGGGUGCGGCGGCUGCGACUGCUACUGCGACUGACGGCAAUGAUGUGCCUAUGUCGGACGUGCAGACAGUGGCGGAUGCAUCUCCCGCCACCGCCGUUGGCCAUGCAGCAUGA